AUGAGUGCUAUUCAUAAACUUUCGAUUCAGGGGAUUCGGUCUUUUGAUUCAAAUGACAGGGAGACAAUUGAGUUUGGGGCGCCGCUGACGCUUAUUGUAGGGAUGAACGGAUCUGGGAAGACAACUGUCAUUGAGUGUUUGAAGUAUGCUACGACGGGUACAUUGCCGCCGAACAGUAAAGGUGGUGUGUUUGUGCAUGAUCCAAAGAUCACUGGUGAGAAGGACGUUAGGGCCCAGGUUAAACUGGCGUUUUCCAGUGCCAACGGGCUGAAUAUGAUCGUGACGAGAAACAUUCAGUUGCUGGCCAAGAAGACAACGAAUACUUUCAAAACGUUGGAGGGUCAAUUGGUCGCUAUAAAUCAAAGCGGGGAGAGAACAACGCUUAGCACAAAGUCCAUGGAGUUAGAUACGCAAGUGCCGCUGUAUAUGGGUGUCCCGAGUGCCAUCCUUGACUACGUUAUCUUCUGUCAUCAAGAGGACAGUUUGUGGCCGCUAAGUGAACCCUCAAAUCUGAAGAAGAAAUUCGACGAGAUUUUCCAAGCCAUGAAAUUUACCAAGGCCAUUGAUAACUUGAAAGUGAUAAAAAAAGACAUGGCUGUAGAGAUCAAACUGCUGCAACAGUCUGUGGAACAUUUGAAGAUUGACAGAGACCGGUCGAAAACGACUAAGAUAAAAAUUCAACAAUUGGAGGCAAAAAUUGAACAGUUUAGACAACAAGUGAAGAAUAUCGAAUCUCAGAUACUGGAUAUAACGGGACAAUCGGAUCGUCUUUUCAAAUCGAACCAAACGUUCCAAGAAGUAUUGUCUAAAGUGGAAAAUUUGAAAACUUUGAAAUUGGCCACCUCCAAUGAAAUUGAAAGGUUGUCAGCGACUAUCGAAUUGCUUGAUCUCCCCAAGGACGAGUUGUCCAGCCUCUUGGAUAACUUCUCACUGACUUUGCAGCAACAGGAAUCGAAACUUGAUCAAACGCAGUAUGAAAUCAAUCAACUGAAAAAUCAACUUCAAAAUGCAUACAUUGAAAAGGACGAUUUGAUUAGGAAAGAGGCUGAACUGACAUCAAAGAGACAUGAUUAUGAACAGCUCAAACACGAUAGGUUAACAUUGAUAGAGGAAUUCAAACAGAAAUUCCCUCUUGACCUAUCGUCGGAUUACCCCACAGAGUGUUUACGUUUGUUGAGAGACUACAAGAAAACUUUGGAAUCGGACGCCCAAAUGGUCAAAGCAGAGGGAGAAAGCAAACUGGCCAAGAUUGAAAACCAUGUGGCCGAGCAGGUGUAUGAAGAAACCGUUCAGAACCAAAAGUUGGAAUAUUGUAUCAGGGAUAAGACUGAUUUAAAGAAAAGAAUAGAUUGGUUGGAAACUGAAUUAAAAUCGAGCGACGUUUCCGAAGAAACUCUGGAAGACGAAAAGAAGGCAUUGACAGAAUUAAAUGGCCAAUUGGCAAAUUUUGAAAAGGGAAACGCAAGUGAAGAAGUUAUCAAAUUGCUGAAGUUGAAAAAUAUGGAUAUCCUUUCUGCGGAAGAGGAACUGGAGAAAAUUCAAGAGCAAAUUCUGAAAACUAAUCAACAAACAGAUCUUUUUGCCAAAUUAGGCUUAAUUAAAAAAUCUAUAGAGGAGAAGAAAGGAACCGUCACUGAUUUGGAAGAAACUUUGCAGAAAAAUGAUAUUUCCCAAAUCCUGCCUACUCCCCUGAACAAUGAAGAUCUGGAUUUGGAAUUCAAAAAAUUCUACAUCUCAUUACAAAAGGACAUUGCAUUAUCUAACAUAGUACUGCAUGAUAAAGAAAAUAAACUAUCUGAAAUCACGUUCCGGCUCGAUUCAUCUAAUGCUGAUAUUGAAAGAAAUAAGGCCGAAAUUCAAGCAUUGACACUUCGCCUAGAUGCUGAGUUACCUGAAGAUUGUCCAAUAGAUGAAUACGAUGAAGUUGUCGCCGAUGCUGAAUUGUCAUAUAAAACAGCUUUAGAAAACUUGAAAAUGCAUCAAACAACUUUGGAAUUCAAUCGCAAAGCUUUAGACAUUGCCCAGAACAAGGACUGUUGCUAUUUAUGCUCUCGUAAGUUUGAAAAUGUUGAAGUAAAAAGUCGAUUGUUAGCUGAACUAAAGAAGAAAACCGAUGCAAACUUCGAACAUACGUUGGUGACGGCUGUAAAUGAAGAGAAGGAGUUUUUGCAUAAUUUGAGAACAAUGGAAAAGGACAUUAUCAGUCUACGGAAUAUAAAAGAACAAGUCAAAAAAUUGGAGGAGCUUAAACCAUGUCUAGUUGAAGAGCAUACAAGCACGAAGGCCAGUUUGGAAGAAAUCGAAAAUUCUAAUCGUAAGUUGAAAGAGAAACGGGAAGUUUGUGAAAAGACACUACGUCGCACAAUUGAACAGAUUGUGGACAACUCCAAAGAACUUAACUUGUUGGAGGCAGAGUUUAAAGGACUAUCAAAACAGCUAGAAAUGUACAAUAAUUCAAGUGGUACACUCCAAACAGUAGAUGAGUUGAGAGCAGAACAGAAACAAAAAAAUGACUUGUUACGAAAGUUGAGAAAAGACAUCAACGAUUUGCAAGAAGAGAGGGAAAGGAAGACAAAAGAACAUAAUUCCUUAAUUAACAUGGUAAAAGAGAAAACUUUGUCCAUUCGUGAGAUGGAAAGUUCUGUGGCUUCAGAAAAAAAUAUCCAACGUGAGUAUUCAGCAAAAAAAACAGAGCUUAAUGAUAUUGAGCAUCAUAUUCAAAGUAUCAAAAGCGAAAUUGAAAAGACCAAAGGUGAAAAAGAAAAGAAACAAUCCCAAUACAAUCGCCAAAAGUUAGGUCUCAAACUUCUGACAGAGAAGAGCCAGACUGACAUUAUAAAUAUCACUAAAGCAUGUGAUAAACUUGGUGGGAUUUUAGACAAGGUGCGCCAAUACGAACAACAAGAUUUCAAUGCACUAGAAAAAUGUCAGGAUACUAUAAAACAGGCCGAUUCGACGUUAAAAAAUAUUGAAAAACAGCUGAACGAGAAAACUGAAUACCUUUAUAUGGGGCGUCAAAAAUUGCAGGAUUCUAACAAUGAAAAGAGGAAUUUGAGAGAUAAUAUCGAAUUGCUGAACCUAAAGGACAAGUUACAAUCGAUAAUUGAUAAUAUCAAAAGAUUGGAUGUCAGGAACGCUGAAACAGAAAGAGAAAAGUACCAACAAGAGUCUGAGAAAUUACGAAACCUGUAUGAAGGACUCAGUGCAGAAAAUGCUGGGAAACUAGGUGAGAUGAAACAGCUUCAAAACCAAAUUGAUUCCCUAUCCUUACAACUGGGCUCAGAUUAUAAGGAUGUUGACCAAAAGUACCAAAAAGAAUGGGUAGAAUUGCAGGCUAGGACUUUUGUUACUGACGAUAUUGAUACUUAUUCUAAAGCCCUUGAUAAUGCAAUAAUGAAAUACCAUGGGUUGAAAAUGGAGGAUAUUAAUCGCAUUAUUGACGAAUUGUGGAAACGUACAUAUAGCGGCACUGAUAUUGACACGAUAAAAAUUCGGUCUGAGGAGGUGAAUAACACUGUUAGGGGAAAAUCUUACAACUAUCGUGUUGUUAUGUUCAAACAAGAUGCAGAAUUGGAUAUGAGAGGUAGGUGCUCUGCAGGUCAAAAGGUUCUAGCAUCUAUUAUUAUUAGGCUUGCCCUUUCUGAGACAUUUGGUCUCAAUUGCGGUGUCAUCGCACUUGAUGAGCCCACUACAAACCUAGACGAAGAAAAUAUUGAGAGCUUAGCACAGUCAUUGCAUAAUAUCAUUCAAAUGCGGAAGUAUCAAAAGAACUUCCAGCUUAUUGUUAUUACCCAUGAUGAGAAGUUUUUGAUGCAUAUGAAUGCAGGGCAGUUCACUGAUCACUUCUUUAAGAUAAAGAGAGACGAUAGACAAAAGUCACAAAUUGAAUGGGUUGAUAUUAACAGAGUUACAGAAUAUUAA